AUGGACGAAGAAAAACGUAAACUAUUAGCAGUGAUUUGUUUACUGCGUCACAGACGUAAAAAGGAACGUAAUAGAAGUGUAUGCAUACAUCCUGUAGUGCAGAAGAGAAACAUACUAGGACACUUCAAUACUCUAUUUUUAGAAUUAAGAGAAGAUGAAGAAAAAUUCUUCAACUAUUUUCGCAUGUCUGUCUCCACUUUCGAUGAGGUGCUCCACAAGAUAUCACCACAGCUUCGUAGACAGGAUACCAACAUGAGGACCUGCAUUAAACCAGCAGAAAUGCUGGCAGUGACCUUAAGGUAUCUUGCUACCGGUUGUACGUUUGUUGACCUACACUAUUCAUACAGACUGGGAAAAUCUACAAUAGCGAAAUUUGUUAGGCAAGUCUGCCAGUCUAUAUGGACAAGUCUUGUCGAUGAGUUUUUACCAAAACUCACAACAGAGUCAUGCGAGGCUGUCGCAGAAGGAAUCGAAAAGCGAAGUAACUUUCCGCACUGCAUUGGAGCAGUAGACGGAAAACAUAUCAGAAUUAUUAAACCAGAAUUAAGUGGAUCUGUGUGUUUCAAUUAUAAAAGUUAUUUUUCUUUAGUUUUAAUGGAUUCAAAUUAUAAAUUUAUUUAUGUUGACAUUGGUUCUUAUGGCAGUGAAGCUGAUCCGAAUAUCUUUAAUCUAAGUUCUUUGUGGAAAAGUAUUGAAGAAAAUUGGUUGGUGCUACCUUCACCAAGGCCUUUGUAUGGCACUCUUACCCUAGACAUUCCGUAUUUUCUAAUAGGAGAUGAGGCAUUUGGCCUCUCAGUACAUUUACAAAGGCCAUAUGGGGGGAAACAACUGACUGUUACAAAAAGGGUUUUCAACUACAGAAUCUGCCGGUCAAGAAGAUAUAUUGAAUGUACUUUUGGUAUAUUAAGCAACAAAUUUAGAAUCUUUCAUCGCCCUCUCAAUGUGAAUCCAAACUUUUGCAUUGAUAUAGUGAAAGCUUGUGUUGUGCUUCACAAUGUAAUUAGGGAGCGAGAUGGAUUUAACUAUGAGGACACACUGGAAGUUGUUGGAUUCGAGGAUAUCGAAUUUGUACCAACUCAGAACCAAACUAGAGUAGGAGGGAAAAAGGCAAACCAGAUUAGAAAUGUGUUGGCAGAUUAUUUUUUUAGUGAUGCGGGUUCAGUGCCCUGGCAAAUGUCUAGGAUUUGAAAGGUUCAUGUGCAAAACAUCAUAGGUCUGAGACAGUUUGUUUGUAGUUUUAUAUACAGGGUGUCCCAAUAUUCUCACUCGACUUAUUUUUAGACUCAAAAUAAGUCGAUUGAACAUGAUUUACCUCUAUGCAAAAGUGCUUCAUUUGUCUGUUAGAGGGUGUGAAAGUUUUCUUUUUAAAACACAUUUUUUUUAAGGUAUUUUAAAAAAUAUUUAAAUAUUUACAUACAAUUUAUGUAGGGGUGGGGGUAGUUUUCACCCAUCUCGAACCCUUUCGGGUUUUUUGUCAAAGUCAAAUGUUAGAACGUCUAACAAAAUAUAUGUCUGCGAAAUUUUAUUCAAAUCGGACUACUGGUUCUUAAAAUAUCUUAAAAAAUGUAUUUUAAAAAUAAAAUUUUGACGCCUUCUAACGGACAAACGAAGCACUUUUGCAUAGAGGUAAAUCAUGUUCAAUCGACUUAUUUUGGGAUUAGGAAUACGUGGUACUUCUAUGUCCACGGAAUAUUGGGACACCCUGUAUAAUACUAUUAACAUAUUGAUAGUCAAUUAUUGUUCAGAAGUAUUGUAUUGAAGAAGUAUUCUAUUGACUAUAUUGUAAUAAGAUUUAAUUUGUAAAUAAAAUAAAUGUUACAAUAGUUUUUCUUUUCAAUAUCACUGAGCUCGUCAUAUCAGGAUGUAUCGUCAUAUCGUCAUAUAUCAGGAUGUAAUGUAGAGCAGACAACAAUCCAAUUUUGUCUUGUCUUAUUUCUGUCUUUAUAUUCUUCCAACGUUCUGUCCCAAAGUUGGGGUCUUUCUUGCACUAGCGAUAUAAGCUUAUCCACGUCUAUAUCCGUCGUCAUUAUCAACUCUCCAAUAUAUGAGAAUAUCACAACCAAGCACCAAACCACUAACUUGAGAUGCGCACACGCGACGGUCAUACACUGACUGCACGUGUUCGCCGGUUCGCCCGGACCGUGUGUUCCCGCCUAUUUGACACAAUGUCCCGCCACCUGUCGGACGGGUGAACGCCCGUCCGGGUUCCGUGUGUUCUUCACAACUUUCACAAUGUAAUUCUGGAUCUUCCGGAGCCCGGACAAAACUCGGACGGGCGUUUACCCGGACCGUGUGUCCCCGGCCUAAGAUUCCUUGAUUUUUAUUUUGACCUCCGCAGUUGUCAAACCAUACAACCAAUGACUUUCUGGAAGUCUUUAGUUGAUUUGUCAGAAAGUCAAAAAUACAAGAACCUAUUUCGUUGCAACCCCGUUUUCCAGUAGUUUCAUCCCAAAGGUAAAAGAAUCCCGUUCCCUUAUCUUCAUGGUGUAUACCAAAGUUCACACAAGCUAAUUGGUAAAAAUGCAAGGAGACUCUUCCAAUUUUGCAAUCUUGCAAUCAUUGCUCGUCAUUUUUUGUGCAGCUUCUGCUUUCUUAUGACAUAAUUUUUGUUUCAAUUCCACGUCCUUUUUUUGUACGAGGUUGGCAGCUUUUCUCAAAUCCACUUUAUAUAGGUCGCACUUGGGACAGGUAUCGACCCUUGGAGGGCCAAAGGAAAGAUUGAACUGAUGUUUGAAAAUGUUGUUAAACCAUUGCCUGGAUACAGGUGGUGCAGUAUUAUAUUCGGUAUAUUUUAAAAGAAUAGCUGCAUGAAGUUUUCGGAUGCUAAGAUCUUCAGACAAAUAAUUUUUGGAACUUUUCUCUCUUCCAUAAUGACUUUCUCGUGUUGGGAUUGAGGAUAUAAACUCAAUGAUUUUUGAUUUCCACGAAUAAUCUCUUCUGCUAGGUUUUCCUCCUCGUUUUUCACGCAAUAUAAUGUCACUGCAUUUAGCAAGCUUUUGACAGAUAAGUUUCAUUCUUUUUACUUCAAUCGAAAAAGUAUCACAAAAUGUCCUUCUACAAACCUCCAACUUAGAGUUUCCAGGAAGAAGUAAAUAAUAUCUAUAGGUACGUUGCCUCCUGCUAGCUUCCGGGGUCUCAUAAGUGCCAUGUCUUCUGCGCUUUAUGUUAUCACAUUCUAUUAAAUGCAUCAAAAAAUUCUGAUGUUCAGCAUAUUGCCCAUGGUCCCAGAACUUUUGAAAAACUUGCUUUCUUGCCUCGACUGUCAACGCCUUGCAAGCAAAGUUGCACUUACAGGAUACCUGGAAAUUAAGAUAAGAUGAGACACAAUAAGCUAAAAUAUUGAAAAUUGGCAUACCUCAGAAGGGCCCUUCUUCCCUGGAACGAUGGAUUCUUUCUUUUUGAAAGGUUAGCCACUGUUUCUUUUAACUUGGCUAUCUUUACGAACGUCACCGGUUUUGCUCCUUUUUUUCCUUUGAAUGUCUAUUGGUAUGUUAUCCAUGCUAGUAGCACUUUUAAUAUUUUCACUUAUUAUUUGCAAUUUCUCACUCAUUUUUAGACACAAAAAAUAAUAGCAGCGACGAAAAAGCAAUUGUAAGGUUAAAAUGAACACGUGCAUGAUGUGCAAUAUUAAGGGCACUUGGGCCUGUUUGUAAAAGAUUCUUAAUAAUACCAUCAAGAUGGCAGCACAGAAACAUAAAUUAUUUAGUGCAAGUUUCUAGUGGCGCAUAGACCCCAAAACUUCAUUAAAACGCAUUUUGAGAAAAAUGGCACUUGGACCCUUUUGCAUAUUUCACUGUUCAAAUAUGGUUUCACUAGUGCACUUACAUAAUAAUUACCCAAUAGUAUAUAAUAUUUAAGAAUUUUAUUUUAAUAAUAAUUAUUACGUUCAUCUAAAUAUGAUUCAAUCUUGAUCAUUCGUUGAUGAUUACUCUUAAGAACUUCGAUCGGUUCAAAAACAUUUUAUGCACCUCUUUAGACAACAGGUUAAUGUUUAAAAUAUGUGUAUUUUAAAUUAAUACGUUUUAUAUUUUUGCAGGAUAUAUAUUAGAGUUAAUUUGUCCUGCAUUCUUACCAAGUGGGCACUAAAUGUGUCAUUGGUUUUGGCAAACAAUGCAGCCUUACUUCUAUAUCAUGAAAAUACAUACGUAUUAUUUUCGUCAGGAUUUAAUGUUUUCAAUUUUAUUAGCAAAAAUUAUAUUAGGCAAAACUACUAAAUAUUUACUUCCUGAUUGUUGCACAUAUAGGGUGGAGAAAAAAACUCCAAGUCUCGGUCUCAAAACAUCUUUUUAUGUGUCACGAAGGUUACAUGUUUCGCUAAUAAAGCAUCAUCAGGCCUUACAGCUAGAUGAUCUGUUAAGUAUAUAUAGGGUAUCCUAAAAGAGGCGAUAAAUAAGGUCAAUUGCAAUCACAACAGCUGUAUAAAUUAUUGCCCGAUUGUUGAUAGUUUCAAAGUUACUACCGUUUUUUAUAAAAUUCGCUUCAAAACUCAAAAAUUUAUUAAUGCUAGCCCAUAUACAGUUUACAUUCGUCGAAAAAGAUAAAAUAAUAUUAAUUAAAAAGAAAUUACUUACAAGGGUUUGUUAAACCAAUUCCGAACAAUAUUUUUCACGUAAGAGACAUACUAAAAUAGGAAAGGAUUAAAAACAAAGAUAUUAAAAUGGAAAUUGAAACUGGCUGCAUGGUUAAAGGCCACCAAAAAAAAAAGGCAUUUGCAAUAUGUUAAAAUUCUCGGCAAAAGAAUAGAACGAAUUAUUCAUUAGAUAAUGCUUCACCUUUUGCUUAAAUCUUUAAUUGGUAAAACCUUACUCAUAUUUGGUAAUACAUUAAAAAACUUAAUAGCCCAGUACCCUGGACCAUCCUCACACCUCCCCAGACGCCAAUAGGUACCAAAUUGUUCCUUGCACGAGGGUUAUAAUCAUGGACAUCCGUGUGAGCUUCAAACUGACCCUCACACUGUUUAAUAUACAGCAGACAGACACUCCAGCACAUACAAACAAGGCACAGUCAAGAGACCUAAACUAACAUAGUCAUCCCUGUACCAGAUAUCGCUCUUAUUGCCUUUCUUUGUAAGUCAAAAACCCUGCUUACCUCUGUUGCAUGGCUCGGGCAAGAAUUGCGUAUGAAGUAUGCUGUUCUUAAUAUAUCAGCACAGAUACAAUUACAGAGGUUUCUGAACAAAUAGAGUUCCCUGUUCAGUUUCCCCGCAAGACCAUCAAUAAGUUUGCAUUCCCCAUUGCAACUUUGGGUCCAAAACGACCCCCAAACAACUCACCUCUGAUGUAUUUUUUACAUUCGAUAGAUCUCUUUUAGAGAAUGUCACCCGAUGUGUCUUAUCACUAUUUAAAAGCAGUCCGUUUGCACAAAACCAACUUUUGUGAAAUGUACAAUGUGAAUUAUAGUAAGAAUAUCUUAAUUUGGUGCUAGUGUGGCCCUAAAGAGGACCUUUUCAUAAAUAUGAUUUGGAUGCGUAAUUGUUUCUUUUAGUAGUAAGAAACAAACAUUUCUCAAAAUUUUUUGAUAAUCGUUUUUGGACAAAAAUCACUUACCCCACAAUUACUUCUAAAUCACAUAAAAAGGAUAUUUUACUGCUGCUAAACAUGACAAUAAAUGUUAAAAAUGUGAACUACCUGCCCAAAUACACAUUCGGCAUUGGAGGACGACAUUACUUUGUAUGCGCCGGAAAGCUAUUUUUCUUCACUCUGGCUUUCAUUGAUGAAAAGAAGUACUUUAAAAUAUCCAUAUAGAAAAAAGUCUAUGGGGUUCAGAUCAGGUGAGCGCGGCGGCCAUUGCAUGGUUUAAUCCAUCGAUUAUUAAAAGUAGUAUCGAGAUGUUUCUUAGUUACGAUUUGGGCAGGGUAAAAAGAAGUUCCAUCGUCUUGCUACAGAUACGUCUUUAAGUAAAUCGAUCAAAUUAUGUUGCAAGAGAUGUAAAUAAUCCUCGCCGCUAACUCUUCCUGGUAGCUCGAUUAAUUUACCUUCAAUGAAUAACAUAAACCCAAUUGUAUAUUGUGUAUAUUAAAUCGCCCCGUUCUUUUAAUGCUGUUACUCUCCUUCGUUACUCCACAGGAGGGUCUUGACUGUGCAGCAGUUCCCGACAAAACUGAAUGCUUUUUUCAUAUUCAGUGUCAAGAAGUGCUUGAACACGUUGCACAUGAUAAGAACAUUACAGGUUCCUUUGUAAAAUUCGAUGGAAUGUAGAUUUGGCAAGUACCUAACGUCUUGAUAUGUGACGAGCACUUGUUGUUGGAUUCUCUAUUGCAAUAUCCACAAAAUCUUCUCAAUCGUUAUCAUGCAUAGGCCUUCAUACUUUCCGUGGCUGACCAGGAAUGUUGUCUUCCAAGUAAUACUGAUGCACAUUUAUAAACAUUCCUAUGUAAGGAAAAUGAUUUUGACUUAUUUAAAAAAGCAUGUUUAUUUUUCCUAUCAUAAAAUCUUUGAUCGUAUGAGAAUCUGCUUUAAAUAAGGUAAUUUUUUCUGAUAGUUGCUAAUUUUUGGUCGUACAUGUGCUUUGUAGCAGGAACACAAAAAUGUGUAUGUAAAACACGUUGAAUCAUUUUCUAAACACAAAAACGGUAAUAACUUUUAAAACAUUAACAAUCGGAUAAUAAUAUAUAUAUGGUUGUUUUGAUUGCAAAUGACUUCCUCUAUCUCUUCCUUUCGUUUGAACGUCUUUUUUUGGGACAUGGUGUAAAGCAUCUAGAAGGUUUCGAAUUUGGGUCUGUUCUCGGAAUCUACUGGCUGUACCAAAAAUUAGUCGAUGAGUCAACAUUCGUAUUGUGACGAAUUCAUAAGUGGCUGUAGAAUCUGCGGUUACGAAAGGAAUUCAAACAAAAAUUUGAGACUUCAAUUUUCCGAAAGCCUCAAUUCCAUUUCAUUCUCAUUGCAUUAGCUUCAAUUUCAUACAAUAUCGUAAAAAAAUGUGGAAAAAAAUGUUGCGGAUUGUGACAUUAACCUGCUAUUAGAUAUAAUUUAAAGUUUUCCAACGAUCUGAUCCAUAUUGAUCCCACCGAAUUAAUUAUAGAGCAAUAAAAUAAGCGAUUUCAUUGGCGAACAUUUUUUUACAUCGGAAGAGACGCAAAACAAAAAUCGACAACCACUAUCGAUCGAUAAUCGAAAAUAAUGACGACUAUCAAUAACAAUCGAUAUUUUUCCCUAGUUAAUAAAAAAAUAUAUUAGAAACAUAGAUUCAAAAAUUUUGCAUUACCCUAAAUUUCCCAAAGUUUUUUUUAUCGGCAACAAUCGAUUAGAAACUUUGUUUUUCAAUUUUUAACACACUGUAGAUGCGAAAGUAAGACGUUUGGGACAUACAUUCAUAUUUCUUUUUCUUAUUUUUUAUUGAAGAAUCAUCCUGUCAAGUUUGUCGGUAGAGUUCUUGGACACCCGGCAUUUGGAAAAAAAUGAGUUUUAAAUUUUAACCGGAUUAGCAAUGAACAACAUUUAAAAUCCAUCCUAAAUAAAACUGUAGGAGUUGCAGUUUUGGGUCAUAUGGUAAUCGAUUGCACGCUCACACAGUAUAAAGAAAGUGAGUUAAAUAUCGGGUGUUUUAUGUAGAAGUAUCCAGAGGAUUUUAAAAAAAAAACAUAGGUGUCAUCAUUACAAAAUUAAACUAGUACAGGAAUUUAACGAGGAUGAUAAUGACCUCAUUGGCAACCCAGAAUUUAUUUUUAAUUUUUGUUUUUUUGAUAAAUGCACCGUUUUCCUUAAUGAUAUUGUAAACAGACAAAUUUGCAGAUAUUGGUCGGAUUUCAACCCUAGAAUAUUUAAGAAAGUACAUACCCAAUAUCCCGAAAAAUUAAAUGUAUGGGCUGGAAUGUUCGGCGACCUCAUUAUUGGGCCAUAUUUUUUACCUGGAAAUUUGACUUGAAUUGCUGGAAACUACUGCACCUCCGCAUUAUGCGUGUCCUGUAAGCCAAUUUUUGGAUACAAAUUUUCAUGGAAACCAGAUUGGACGGAGAGGUGACUGAAUGGCCUGCUAGAUCUUCUGAUUUGCCACCACUUGACUUUUUUUUGUGCGGACAUUUAAAAUCUAAAAUGUAUGUUAUACAGCCCAAUUGUUUAGUACUACUAUUGUAUGGAAGUUGGAGGAGGGCAUUUUCAACAUUUAAUUACAUAUACAUAUUAGAACUUUUUAUUAGUAAUUUAAUUUUUUUUUUAUCGGACACUCUUUUUAUUUAGUCAUUGAAAGAAAGUGAAAUACACAAUUUUUCUUCCUAUUCUGUAUGUUAUUAUUUAGCAAUGAAAGUAGUUUUUGGUGCGCCACCCUGUAUACAAAACGAUGAAUCAAAGAUGGCCGUAUUUUUGAGCUCGACUUUUAAAUGGAAAAGAGGAAAUAUAUAGUAUGUCCUAAAUCGAAAUAACCAAGUGCAUACUCGGCCAGGCAAUCUGAAUAAAUUUGUCUUUUUAAUUUUUUGGUACACGCAGUACACCCGAGAACGGAUUGUAUACCUUAUAGAGGAACUCGAGGAUUGGACAAAUUUGGAAUUUUUUAAUCCCAAUUUUCGAAGGAACUAUCUAACCGACGAAAGCGACCAACUCACUUUUCUUUAUUUUAAUCCUUAAAGUUAUAAAAUAAAAUAGAGGAGCUAUUUGUAAUAUUAUUUCUGAUAAAUAGUUAGGAUGUGAAACAGGAAAAUUUCGUAUUGACAACAAAAAAGUUUUUUCAUGUCUUGUAUAGAGUUAUUAUUUAUUAAGUUACUAAAAUCAUU